AUGGCGUCUCAUUGUGGGCCAUUAUUAAUGAAUCUGCCACCCCGCGCUCCCGACACCGCACCCGCCCGAAAGCCAAAUAACAGUGACAACAUUGCGAGUCACCAAGUCUGCUCCACUUCGGUAGUAGCCCGCGGUCUGAGACGGAAGUGCAAACCCUUAUCGUGGAUCGACACACAAGUAAUAUCGGCAAUCGUCAAGGGCGACGGCGACGACGGCGGCGGCGAGGCGGCGCGACUCGCCCGUGGAGCGUCGCGUGCGGCGCCGCUAAUGGAUAUUGAUGGCUAUGGCGCGACUAAUUAA